CCUCACAGGAAGCUGUGGACUCGGAGUCGCACUCAGCAGCGCCUCCGCAGGGUCACCACGGACGACGUCAAGGACGACGUCCCGCUGUCGGACGGUCCCGUUGGAGACGUCAGACCGGCGCGCAGAGGAAGCGGAGUGCUGCGUUUGGCACGAUAUUACCUCAUCCCCAUUUGCAUCCCCGUACUCUGGAUCUUGUGCGAGCCGUUCAUUCGCCAGAUGAAGGGCGGCGGCGCUCCCUCCAACAUGAUUUCCGGCCGCGGCAACGAGCUGUUGGAGGAAUUCUACGCCAAGUACAACGAGUUGAAGGCACGCCUCAACAGCUACGAAGAGAUGAUGCGCAGAGACGGCAAAGCGCCACUUUGGGCCACCGUUCCCAACUACGCCCUCGAGUCAGCGGGCGCCAGCGUGCUGUGCAGCGCCACGUCGCCGCCCUACAAGCUGAAGACCGCUCGCGUCGCCAUCCUUGGCCUGGAGUGGGGCUUCCAGAAGGCCGUGCAGUCGCACGUGGUCAUCGAGGGCAAGUCGGAGCUGAAUCCGGGUAACUGCUGGGCGUUCGCGGGCCAGCGGGGCAACCUGACCGUCGUCCUCUCGCACCCGGUGGUCGUCAAGAGUGUCACGCUGGGACACGUGUCCAAGAGCAUCUCGCCCACCGGCGAGAUUCCGCACGCGCCCAAAGAUUUCUCCGUCUACGGGAUGGAGUCGCAGGAAGCUCCCGGAAUCAAACUCGGAACCUUCAAGUACAACCAGAACGGACCCAUGUUCCAGAACUUCUACAUAUCUGAGCAAUCGGAUGCGGCAGUGACGCACGUGACGCUGAGCGUGCACAGCAACUGGGGCGACGCCACCUACACGUGCGUGUACAGCUUCAAGGUGCACGGCCGCUUGGCGUCCUGAGGCGCGCGCGCGCACGCACACGCUGUGGACACACGACGCAGCCGUGGACGCACGAGUGCGCGCACACACACACACACACACAAAGACACGACGCUUCCCGCGAUGCACUACAAGCACUUUCAAAAGUCCCAAUGAUGCUUUGCUGCUGCUGCUGAUGAUGCUGAUGAUGAUGAUGAUGCUGCUGCUGAUGAUGAUGAUGAUGAUGAUGAUGAUGCUGAUGAUGAUGAUGAUGAUGAUGAUGAUGAUGCUGAUGCUGAUGCUGAUGCUGAUGGUGCUGCUGCUGCUGCUGCUGCUGAUGAUGAUGAUGGUGAUGAUGAUGAUGAUGAUGCUGAUGAUGAUGCUGAUGCUGAUGAUGAUGAUGAUGAUGAUGAUGUUCGGUUCAGGCCGCCACCAACGCUGCUGCACUUUACACACAACGCGUGCAAUACUGUGUAUUCGCACGUUUAUAUUAUUGUAGUCGUACAUAGUUUUUUUUAACCUCGGUCAUAAAGUGGGACUGCUCACGAUCACGACAGGCGUAAUAUUAUAUUUCAUGUGUAAUAAAGACAGUCCCAUGGUGAUUGUCAGUGGUUUCCUUCAAAUCCUCCAAAUUCGAGACGUCGCGCUUGACCCCAAUUAGCAAAUGUAGCAUGUUUGUGCUUUGAAACCAGUAGAUUCACCUAUUGGUGGAUUACAACAACAAUGAAUUAAAGGGGGGGCACGACCCCCAUUUUUAGUGUGAAACACC